AUGGCGUACGCGGGUAUGAAGCCCAUGAAGCAGGGUUUGGAGGAGCAGGCGCUGGAGCAGUCCCACCGCAUCCGGAUCACGCUCUCCUCCAAGAGCGUGAAAAACCUCGAGAAAGGUUCGAAAUCUGUCUUCUCUGGUGGAGUUUUUCUGAAUGACGGUUUUCUAGUUCAUAUUUAUAUCUUGCAUCGUCUUCAGUUUGCGCCGAUCUGGUGAGGGGAGCGAAGGACAAGCAACUAAGGGUCAAGGGACCGGUUAGGAUGCCCACGAAGGUUCUCCACAUCACCACCCGGAAGUCUCCCUGCGGAGAAGGUUAGGAUUCCUCUCUCAUUCUUCUUCCAUGUCUGAUGUCCGUGUUCUUUAUAUUUCAAUCAUUUGGUUCGUUUUUAUUAGGUUUAAUGACCGCGUUCCUCCGUAUUUCAUGUCCGCGUUGUUCAUUUGAUGGCCGUGGGUCUCAUUUUUGUUCUCGAGUAUCUUGCCGAGAAUUGAUCUUUCACCGCAUUCGAUCAUUACUUGUGAAUCCCAAAUGUGAACGACGAUAGCUUUUAAUUUCCUAGAAAAUUUAAUUACUUGUGAAAAUUUUAGAAUAUAACCCGAUGGUUGAAUCUUAAUCUUUUGCGUAACUAUCUAACGCCAAAUCUGACCAAAUUGCUGUAUUUUCUCUAUAGAAAACUCAAAUGAUGGAUACGUUUUUUUCGCAUUUCUACUAUUAUAUUACCAUCACAUCCUGCAUAUCUUAGGGAUCUACAAGGAGCUCAUAUUGGUCACCCUGAAAAUUGCCUAUCCGAAUCAGGAAAAGAUUAUCCUUGUAAAGACUUAUCGUCUGUCGUAUGCCAGGCAGAUGGGUUUCUUACUGGUCACCUUGACUCCCUAUGAUCAUACACAUUCACUAUGUUGAAUCUCUGACGUAUGAACUGUAUUUAAGACAUCAUACACAUUCAUCAGAAAAGGAAAUCACCGUAUUUUAAGGAAUCAUCAUCAGUUGCAUGUCAUUGAGAUGGUUUUCCUGUUGGUCAGCUUGACUUCCACCUCAUGUGGAUUCAUCAGGUUGACUUUCUGCAUCUAGGAAUGGAGUUGUUUCCCCAUGAUCUGAAAAGGAAAUCACUUUGUUUUAAGGAACCGUCAUUGUUUUCUUGAAGCGAGAUGAGAUGGAUUUCUUUCCGGUCGCCUUGCCUCAGUCCGAUUACACAUUCAUGAGUUACAUUUUCUGACUCAUCUACUGCGUCAAGAAAUGGAUGAGAAUAUGAAAAAAAAAACGCCAUAUUAUAAUGAAAUGAUCAUCAAUCUCGUGCCAAUGGGAUGAGUUUACCGGUUGAUCAGCUUGAGUCUCACUACUCAUCUGUUCAUUGAGUUGGCAUUCUGACUGAUUAAUUGUUUCUAGAAAUGGAUUUCCCUGUGAUCAGAAAGAAAAUACCAGUUGAAGGAAAUCAUCAUCGGUUGUCUGCCAUAUGGGUUUUCUGUGGGUGGCCUAGGCUACUACUGAUCAUGCCCAUUCAUGACGUUGAGCUUCUGACUUAUUAACUAUAUCUACGAAAUGGGUUUCCUGUAAUCAGGUAAAAAAACCAUUCUAAGGAAUCAUGAUUUGUUGCAUGCCAGUGGGAUGCGUUUCCUGUUGGCUGCCUUAACUACCUCAGAUCUUUGAGUUUACAGAAGAAUCCUUGGGCUGACUCAAAAACCUGUGAAUUCUGAUGAGUCGUGCUGAGCUUCUGACCUGUUCCACCGUACCCUUUCAGGAACCAACACUUGGGAUCGAUUUGAGCUACGCGUACACAAGCGAGUGAUCGAUCUUGUGAGCACCCCCGACGUGGUGAAGCAGAUCACCUCCAUCACCAUCGAACCGGGCGUUGAGGUCGAGGUCACCAUUGCAGACGUCUGA